AUAAUAUCUCAAAUAAUGAGCCUGUUGUUGACCGUAAACCUUCCUUAUGUGCUGUACAAAAGGUGAUGUGCUGUGAUAUGCAAAUAGUGAACGAAUGCUCUGAUGCUCGUUACAACGAUUGCUCACCUCAUGCAAGAUGUAUCGACAAGACCGUGGGAUACACAUGUCGGUGUGUGCCCGGAUUUGCGGACGUCUCGCCCGAAGGACUGAAGCGACCGGGAAGACAAUGCAUUCCGUGUAAGUCUUUUACAAGGAGAGAACUGAGUUACAGUGAGAGUAAGAUCUACCAAGAUAACGGUGAAAGAUUUUACUUAUUAGCUCAAAAUAUCUGAUA